AUCUUGUGUGAGUGUCAGUUGGUUCUCGCGCGCGACGCGGCAUUGUUGUUUGCAGUUGACGCGCGGAGCCUGCCGGAUUGGUUCGUUGGUUGCACGUAAAAUCAAAACUGCCGGCGAUAAACAAAAUAAUGAGUGGGCAAUACGUGCAUCGCGAGUGCAAGGAGUGUGUGAUAACAAGAAUGUAACGUGUUGUGUUAAACGGUGUGCGUUUUUGGACGUGUUUUUUGGUUUUCAACGCCAUGACCAUCGUGUUUAGAUACAAACCUUCGUCAACGCAAACGGACGUGACAAGCCAAUCGACCUGACAACAGUGUUACCGUGACCUCAACAGACCAUAAGUGACAAUUGUUUGGAACCAAUCUCGGAAGAUUGGAUGUGCCAUGGAUGACAGAUAGUUAAGGAUGGGAUAAUGGGAGUUGGGUGUGGUGCUUGAAAAUGCCGCAUGCGCACUCUAACUCCGCGGCGAGCUCCGGAGGCGAUGACCUCGGCUCCACUGAUGAGGUCAAGGUGUUCAAGGACGAGGGGGACGGGGAAGACGAGAAGAGGAGCUCCGAGAACCUGCUCGAGGAGAAAUCUAGUCUCAUUGAUUGGACUGAGAGUGAGGAAAAAUCCGGUGAACCCUACUCGGGUAAACUAUCGGUGAAAUCAGAUCUCAGUCCAGUUUUUGGUAAAUUUGAGCAUCACCCCGCUGCAGGUUUCAACAUGGGCUACCUCAUGGCUCCUUACCCCUACCCCAAUGGAGGGGCUCAUCCCCUGCCCGUCUCUAUGGCGAGCAAAAUGGGCCUCCCAGCCGGCGGAGGACUUUCGCUCUUCUGUCCCGGUGGAGACCUGGGUCAACCUCCACCAGCUCACAUGGGCAUCCCCCCACCAUACCAACUAGAUUCUAAAUUAGCGGCGGGAUUGGCGCGGACGCCGAUAUACCCAUUCCCUGGAGGUACAUACCCUUACCCCAUGCUGAGUCCGGAAAUGUCACAAGUGGCGGCUUCUUGCUAUAACGAUGUGAUAUAUUGCAGGCAUACUCCGAGCAUGUACCCCAUAUCCUCGGCAGCCAGUGGGUUCCGCAGUCCGUACCCCACCUCGCUGCCCAUUAGCACUUCUAGUCUAUCAAGUGAAUUAUAUCGGUUCUCGCCGACGUUGGGCGCAGGCCUGGGGCUCGGGCUGGGUCCCGCGCUGGUGCCGCCCCCUUCCAAGACUGACAUCUUCACACAUCAUUCAAGAUCGCAAGAGAAAAGCAGUGGUUCCAGCGACAAGCCAUCAGACGGUACAGCCAGCACAAACAACAAGGAUCAAAAUAAGAAGCCUCACAUAAAGAAACCACUGAACGCUUUCAUGCUCUAUAUGAAGGAGAUGAGGGCUAAGGUGGUAGCGGAGUGCACGCUCAAGGAGUCCGCGGCGAUCAACCAGAUACUGGGACGACGGUGGCACUCGUUGAGUCGCGAGGAGCAGGCAAAAUACUAUGAGAAAGCAAGACAGGAGAGACAGCUCCAUAUGCAGCUAUAUCCGGGUUGGAGCGCCAGGGACAACUACGGUUACGGGUCCAAAAAGAAAAAACGGAAAAAGGACCGCGGUCCUGCAGAGCUGGGAGGAAAUAAUUUGAAGAAAUGUCGAGCGAGAUAUGGUCUCGAUCAACAAAAUCAGUGGUGUAAACCGUGCAGGCGGAAGAAAAAAUGCGUGCGCUACAUGGAAGCUCUGGCAGCCGCCUCCGGGACGGUUCAUCUUCAAAUGGCAACCCCUCAGUCACCAUGUUCUGAGGAUGAAGUCAAGUUGGAGGAACUGUCGGACGCAUCGAGUGAUGAAGCAGACACUCCUCUGAAUUCGGCUUCGAGUCCUGGAGGGCUCAGCGCUCUGUCGUCGCUGGCGUCGCCGGCGUCCGACCCGCCGCCUCCCGCGAGGAACCCCGUCGGGACCAACCCGCGCGACGCCAAUAACCCGCUCUCGGUGAAUCAAUUGACGUCUCAGUCGUGGCCACGAGCGGCGCAAGCGAGGCCGGGCCACGAAGUGAUAUCGGUGUCAUAGUGACUAUGGACUGUGCCGGUACAAAUAUAACACAACGUGGGAAAAGGACCUUAUUACAGUUACGGCCGACUGACACUAUCCUGUAUACUCUGAGAUAAUUCUGAUCUGCGACCGUCUCAACUAAAAUAUAUUUGAUACCGGAUCGGAAUUAUAACAAAGGAUACAAAGGUGCCAAUUUGACUUGUUGUGUUGUUUAGUGCCAUCUGUCGGUCGGGCCGCAAACGACGUCGUGGUUGUGAUAUACGGUACCAAGAUGCUUGUCGUACAUCGGUUAUAAUCGGGUGCUAAUCUAAACGGGUUCUGAAUUGAUUUUAUGGAAUACCGACAUGUUUGAACUUUCCUUUUCACUUUAAAAUAAUUUUGUAAUAGUUUAGUCGUAGAUCUGUGGCCUAAUACAAACCAUACAAUGUGUCUGGUAUUUCUUAGAAUCAAACCGUUCUGUAAGCGAAUGUGAACAUGUUUAUAUCUUAUCUUAUAUUUGAAGUUCGCAUGUAAAUUUUAACACAAUAUUAUAACCCCGAAACAGUCAUUACAACUGAUCUCAGGUUUAAGCACUUCUAUUCUCUUCCAAAUUUUUGAAGUCUUACAAUCGUACGGCCGAUUAGGUCUUUCUUGACAAAGGCGUUGAAACGUUGAACAAUUUUAGUUGAACUGUGAGUAUGGUUUGUUUUACUUCGAGAUUGUUACGCACAACUUCAUUCAAAGCUGUUCAUAGAAAAUGUGUUUUGUUUUAUUUUUAAUUUUGUUAAAAUGACUUUAUGGUAAUAUUUUAUUAUUCUUUAGAAAUGUUGUUCUUAGUUUAUAUGUAUACAUUUUAUUUUAAUUCUCUAUGGAGUUUAUUGGCUGUAUGCAUGAGGUCGCAGCCACAAGUUGACACAUUAUCUAUGGACGGGCGUUUCGCGCCAUUUUCGCUCUCUCACAGAUAACUAAUCAUAACCUCAAAAUUCGCACCAGAAGGUUCCAUUUAGUUUAAAUUACGCUUAGUUUGUAUUCGUCCUACGCGGCCGCACAUUUGUAAUAAUAAUUUAAGGCGCCGCGAAGGACUCUUGUUUUCCGUUGUGCGGAAUCAUUAGACUGUCUUACAUUAGAUUAAGCGCGUAUGAGUGAUUUAUGAUGUGUUGUAAAUGUUGGCUUUCUAUUAUGCAUGUACUCUGUGUUCAAACUACAUUGGCAUUUAUAUUAAUGAGUUAAUUUCUUUACUUUGUCUGCGUUCCCUUCGAGGAUGCAUUUAAACAGUAGCUACUUUUCAUGAAAUAUUGUAGAAGUAAUAUAGCAUUCACAAGAAGGGACUAUAUUUACAACAUAUAAUUGUAUAUCUGUAAGUAUGUGUAACUGUAUAAAGUAUAGGGUUAAAUAACUGUGUCAUAUUAGUGUAAGUAUACUAUACUACUUACAAUAUAUUCAUAUAUAUUAUUAACUAUACAAUAUUCACGGAAGAACUUUAAUGACAAAUUUAGGUGGAUAUCGAAUCAAUAAAUCCUCAUAACCAUGUAUUAGUUUCACUGUAAAUAUAAAAAAGUUUCUCGCAGUUAAGACAGUGUCGGUAAAGAGAUUGCAUUUACUAUAAUUAUGAUAAAUUGCCCGAUGCUCUUGUAAUGAUUUUGUCAGUGAUUUUUGUUAGUUACUUUUUUAUUGUUAUUAUUAAGAUAUUUAACAUUGUUAAAUGCAAUAUCACACUGAUUACGGUCCGCGAUUAUAUCUAUUGACUUAUUGAAAAUUAUCUUACAUCAUUUACUAUGACUAAAUAAAAUUUUAAAAUAUGAUUUUUGCAUAAAUGUUAUAUUGUGCAAUACUGGAAUUAUAUGGGUACUGUAAUGUAAUGUAGCUUUUCCCGUAAUAGUACGUUUUUAGUUUGUAUCGCUAAAUUUAUAUUGAAGUUGUCGCGCGGUUUAUGUUCAUGAGCAUAUUGUUAUGUUCUCAAAACAGCUGUGACACAGUCGUGCCAAAUUAAAUAGUGGGCAUGAACGAUACAAACCUCUUGUAGAAGGUCUUUAUGUUGAUAGAUUUUAUAGGUUGUUUUUAUUGUUAAGAUGGUAAAGACAAACGGUACUGAGCCGGUUAUUAUUUUUUGUAGGGAGAAAUUUUGUCAAAUUAGAAAACUCAAUUAUUAGGUCUGGACCCAUUUCUUGUGGUCAGUUGGACGAAUAUUAUUUUAAUAAACAAUAUUAAAUUGUA